AUGGCUCGCGCGGCAGACCCCCAAGGUGCUCGAACCGUUGGUAUAAUCACCAAGUGCGACACCCUCGAACGGGGCGACGAAGAAGGAGUCCUCCGAAUUGCCCGGAAUGAGAUCGAAAAGCUGCGCCAUGGCUGGUUCGCCGUCAAGAACCGCUCUACAAAGGAUAUCCACGAUGGAGUCACAAUCGUUCAACGUCACAUCCAAGAGAAAAUCUUCUUUGCCUCCAAGGCGCCCUGGACCGAGCUGAGCAAAGAUCGAGUGGGUAUCGGGAAAUUGAGAGACUUCCUGGGCAAUUUGCUCUAUGAUCAUAUCCGAGGCGAAUUUCCUUCCAUGGUCAAAGAAAUCGAAGAGCUCACUCGACGCACCAAAAGCGAGCUUGAACUGUUGAGACCGUCCCGACAGACCCCUACAGACCAAAGAAAAGUCCUGAUGCACAUUGCGUCGAAGUACCAAGCGGAAGUGACGAAGGCGUUGAGCGGGAACUAUGCCCAAGGCCUGCCACCCAGAAGCAUGCUCAAACUUCGAUUGCGCAUUCGUCAGCUCAAUGAAGCGUUGGCUCAUGUCAUGACUUUUUACGGGCAUGCGACGGCAUUCCGAACGGUUGAAGAUGCAAUCGAUGAGGAAUUUCCUCAGACCUACGAUAACGCUGAGAGCAUUUAUAAUUGGAUUCGUAAACGGUAUUGUGACUCGCGAGGCGUGGAACUCCCUGGCACCGUCAACCCGGUUGUUCUCGAAGGUAUGUUCCGUGAGCAGUCUGCUCCAUGGAAGAGAAUCGCUUCAGCCUACUUGGAAAGAGCAAUAAGUAUCGUCAAGGGGUUCAACGAUCAGAUCUUCGAUGAUCUCAUCAGCGAAUAUGAGCUGAGAAGGCUGCUGGGAUCGCGCCUCGAGGGCCGUGAAAGCUCGGCGUUUGAGCGCGCGAGUGAAUACCUCCAGGAGAUUCUCAAAGACGAAAGAGAGGGUAUCUUGCAAACCGUGAACCACUAUUUUGCGGAGACCCUUUCUUCAAUCCGAGAACAGCGAGUACGCAGCAGACUCCAAUCCAUGGAUUUUUAA